UUACGAGUUACUGAUGUUUCAGCAGCCCUUCUCAACCAGAAUUCCACUAGAGAAGUCAUGCCACCUCAGAACCUGGAAAGAGCAGAUGAAAUUUGUAUUGCUGGCUCCCCCUUGACUCCCAGAAGGGUGAGUGAAGUUCGUGCUGAUACUGGAGGACUUGGAAGAAGCAUGACAUCUCCAACCACGUUAUAUGACAGGUACAGCUCCCCAACAGUCAGUACUACCAGAAGGCGGCUAUUUGAGAAUGAUAGUCCCUCUGAUGGAGGGACACCUGGGCGUAUCUCCCAACAGCCCCUAGUCAAUGCUGUCCCUGUGCAGAAUGUAUCUGGGGAGGCUGUUUCUGUCACACCAGUUCCUGGACAGACCCUGGUCACCAUGGCAACAGCCACUGUCACAGCUAACAAUGGACAAACAGUGACCAUUCCGGUACAAGGUAUUGCCAAUGAAAAUGGAGGGAUAACCUUCUUCCCAGUCCAAGUCAAUGUUGGGGGACAAGCACAAGCUGUGGCUGGCUCUAUCCAGCCCCUCAGUGCUCAGGCCCUGGCUGGAAGUCUGAGCUCUCAACAGGUGACAGGAACAACUUUGCAAGUCCCUGGUCAAGUGGCCAUUCAACAGAUAUCCCCAGGUGGACAUCAGCAGAAACAUGUCCAGCCUCUAACCAGCAGCAGUAUUAGACCCAGGAAGACCAGUUCUUUGUCACUUUUCUUUAGAAAGGUUUACCACUUAGCAGGUGUCCGCCUUCGGGAUCUUUGUGCUAAACUAGAUAUUUCAGAUGAACUGAGGAAAAAAAUUUGGACCUGCUUUGAAUUCUCCAUAAUUCAAUGCCCUGAACUUAUGAUGGACAGACAUCUGGACCAGUUGUUAAUGUGUGCCAUUUAUGUGAUGGCAAAGGUCACAAAAGAAGACAAGUCCUUCCAGAAUAUCAUGCGUUGUUAUAGGACUCAGCCACAGGCCCGGAGCCAGGUGUAUAGAAGUGUUUUGAUAAAAGGGAAAAGAAAAAGAAGAAAUUCUGGCAGCAGUGAUAGCAGAAGCCAUCAGAAUUCUCCAACAGAACUAAACAAAGAUAUAGCCAGUAGAGACUCCAGCCCGGUUAUGAGGUCAAGCAGCACCUUGCCAGUUCCACAGCCCAGCAGUGCUCCUCCUACACCUACUCGGCUCACAGGUGCCAACAGUGACAUGGAAGAGGAGGAGAGAGGAGACCUCAUUCAGUUCUACAACAACAUCUAUGUAAAACAAAUUAAAACAUUUGCCAUGAAGUACUCACAGGCAAACGUAAUGGAUGCUCCUCCACUCUCCCCCUAUCCAUUUGUAAGAACAGGUUCCCCUCGUCGAGUACAGUUGUCUCAAAAUCAUCCUGUCUACAUUUCCCCCCAUAAAAAUGAAACAAUGCUUUCUCCUCGAGAAAAGAUUUUUUACUACUUCAGCAACAGUCCAUCAAAGGUGAGACUAAUAUGAAUCUUGGCCUUUCUUAGACCUAAAAUGCUUUAGGAUGCUAAAAAUAGGGUGUGUGCUUAGCUAAGGUACUCACUGGAGUGAUAUGAACUGCCAGGGACCAGUACCAAGUCCCAGUGGAGCAAAACCCAGAAUCAGUUGGUUUGGUUUUUGAGAACUUCAGAGUUGGGAAUAGUGUAAGGGAUUUGGUUUAUUGUCUCUUACCUAUUUUAGCAUUUUGAACAUUUUCUGCUACAAAUCUGGAAAUCUUUGGCUUUUUUUUAUUUGUAAAUUUUUUUCCUAAAUUUAUUAGAAACAGAAAAUUUGAAUGCCUAAACUGGUUUCUGACUUCCUGUUUCUGGAUAGGCAAGUGUCUUAUCCUGUUGACUUUUUGUCUAAAGGGAGAAGUGGAAUGCAGUGGUUACAUUUGAUAGGUUUAUGUGGCAGUGCCUCAGUCUAAGAAGGGGAGGGAAACUUGAGGCUUAACUGGUGAAAAUUUAGAAAGUUGCUGAGAUGUGAGAGUGCAUCUAAGAAGAUGUACAGAGAAGGGGAAGAAAAUGUCACUGAGGCAAAUGCUAGAUCACUGGAAAUCAUAUAAAAGUGGUUAAGGGUGGGGAAGAAUAAAGAGCCAAGACAAACAGAUACAAUGUGUGAUCUCUGAUUGGAUUCUGCAUAGGAAAACACUGAUAAAAAGAAGUUUUGGAAUAGUUAUUAAAAUUUAAAUACAAACAUCAGUGUAAUAUUUAAAAAAUUCUCUUAAAUAUCUUUGGUGUUGAUGAUACUGGAUUCUGUAGGAGACUAUGCUUAAAGUAUUUAGAGAUGAAGUGUCCCAGUGUGAGCAACUACUUACAAAUGGCUCAGCUAGAAAAUAUAUGUAUGUAUAUUGCAAGAAUAAAUAUGGUAAAGCGUUAAUGCCUAAUAAAGGGAGUCCAGUGUACUAUUUUUUUUUAACUUUUCUAUAGGCUUGAGCUCUUAAAAAGUUAAAACAAGUAAAAAUGAGCAGCAAAAAAAAUCAAUGGAA